GGAGAAAAUACAAAUACCUACCGCCAGAGGGCUUAGUGGUUGUUUACGAAGCGGAUGUAGUUGACAGGAAAAGAUUUUAUUUUUUGAUCUUUAUGCCUAAUUUUCAGUUUAGAUAGUUUAUACUUAUUUGAAUUAUGCCAAGAGUGGAUCCCGAUUUCACUUACAUCAAUCCCUGCAUUAAAUACACUUUAUUCUUCUUAAACUUAUUAUUUUGGGUUAUAGGUGGAAUUAUUUUUGGUAUUGGUAUCUGGUCUUUUCUAGAAGAAUACAAGUAUAAAGGAGCACUUCCAGACAUUAACAAUGUAUUCGACUUUAUUUUUCAAAUAUCCAUUGUUUUAAUGACUCUGGGUGCAAUAGUUUUCAUCAUUUGUUUUACUGGAUGUCUUGGUGCCUUGCGAGAAAAUUGUUGUCUACUGCGAUUUUAUUCAGGUUGUUUGUUGAUUUUAUUUCUUGGAGAAGUUGCCUUAGGAAUUUUGGUAUUUGUAUUUCCAAAUAAAUUGACAAGCUUAGUCAAAAAAGGGAUGUCUAAAGAAUUGAUUGAGAAAUAUCGAGACGACGAUAAUUUACAGAAUUUCAUUGACACUCUUCAGAAAGAGUUUAAAUGCUGUGGAAUAUCAGAUAAGAGUUAUAAGGAUUGGUCAUGGAAUAUCUAUUUCAAUUGUUCAGAUUCAAAUCCCAGUCCUCAGAGAUGUGCCGUUCCAUAUUCCUGUUGUAAAAAUCCAUAUAACAUAGAAACUAAUUUGAUCAACUUUAUGUGUGGCUAUCAAAUGCAAAAUGAACAUGCAGUUUCAAAGUUGGAAGAUUUCAUAUUUACUACAGGAUGUGUUCAAGCCAUUCAAAAUUUUGUAUUUGGAAAUUCAUAUGUGAUUGGAGGAAUUAUAUUAAUUGUUUCUUUGCUACAGCUGUUUGCAACAUAUCUAUGCAGAACUUUGCUUGCCCAAAUCGAAGCCCAAAAGUCUCUGUGGGUUUAAAGUCCAACAUCAUUAUUGUGCCACUAGUCAUCAUUCCAUUGUUACAUGUGUAAUCCAGAUAAAAAGAGCAAUUUAUAAAUUUUAUAUAAUGUAUUUUUAUAUUUAUAUUACAAUUUAUGUUUUAAAAUUUUAUAAUGUUAUAAAAAAACAUUUAUCAAAUUUAUAUACAUGUAAAGACUUUAUACUGUAAAAAUAUCGUACUUAUUUUGAAAUACCAAGCUAUUAACUUUUAAAGCAGUGCCAAUUAUUUUCAUCCAAGAUUACUGAAAUUUGAAAACAUUUAAGUUUGGUUCAGUA